UCUCAUCCAUUUGCGAAUUCUCCAAGAUGUGCCCCACCGAUACCUCGCCUGCUCUACUGCCGAAAUCAGAUGCCGUUGAACGCCAGAAUGCCCAUCUGUUGUCGUUGAGGCAUCUCGACCCGUUCAGCAUGAAGUUCGUCCCAAUACCAGCUGGGGAGGCUGUUUGCCGUGUACAUGCUAUCAGGGGUGGCGUCAUGGAUGCAUCUCUUGGCAUUUUUGAACAUGGCUCCAAGGAAGGGGAAAGAGUGCCGUACGGGAUAGACUUUUUCUUCCUCAUCGAGAAGCUGUGGAAUGACGGACGGGAGCCAACGAGGAUGCUUUUUGAUUUAGGACUUAGAGCUGGGGGCUUUGAUAAGCCAGCGUACAAGUAUAUUGAAAAGACCUGGACUAUUGAUCCAGGAAGAGGCGCAGCGAAGAUUUUAGAAUCCAUGAAUAUUCCUGUGGAGUCGAUACGCGCGAUUAUCUUAGGGCAUAACCACUUCGAUCAUGUCGGGGACUUGAGAACUUUCCCACCCACUGCGGACUUGAUCGUCGGCCCAGGCACGACCGAUCUAGCAGGACUUGCAAAUGAAAUGGAUGUCCCUCUAAAGACACUGGAGGAGCGCACGGUCAAAUACUUGAGCAGGGAGCGGGAUAAGUGGAAGGAUGUUGGCACGUUUAGAGGUCACGACUACUUUGGUGACGGCAGCUUGUUUAUCCUUGACGCUCCUGGACACGUCCCCGGUCACCUCGCAGCCCUAGUGCGAACAUCAAGCUCUCCGCCGAUUUAUCAUCUCCUUGCAUCGGACACGGCCCACCAAAUCACGCUCCUCAGAUCACCAAAGAAUCCUUCAACGACUCGAAAGAGAUACGCCGCUUAUCCGAAAUUCGGUGCAGAGGAACGUGAUGGGGUUGUCCCUCUUGACAGCAUGCAUAAUAACCUGGAAGAGGCGUAUAGAACGAUAGCCAAAGCUGAGCGAAUGGACCUUGAAGACAACGUGAACGUCUUUCUGGCCCACGAUUGGACUAUGGACAUUACACUCGGCGGCAAUGGUGGCCCUGGGGCGGGCCCGCGCGCUCGAGUGCUAGCGAAAAAAGAAUAUGUCACGUUGGAGGGAACCAAAGAGGAAUUGGACAGAUUCAAGUCUCGAGACUGGCAACAUAUGAAGUACGAAGUUUACAGCACAGCAUUACAGUAGUCGAUAUCAUCGCAUGUCCCCAGCAUGCGGGAGUUGCAGU